AUGAUAAUGACUAUCAGCAAAUUUAAUGAUGUUACAUUUAAUCAGGAUGAUUCCUGUUUCAGUGUAGCUACUGAUGAUGGGUUUAAAAUCUUUAACACUUUCCCUUUACAAAUUAAAUUGAUCCAACAUUUUGAAGACUACGAUGAUAAAGCUAAGGGGAUUGGGAAGACACGAAUGCUCAAUAGAUCGAAUUAUAUUGCAUUAGUUGGGGGAGGGAAGGAACCCCGCUAUCCAUUAAAUAGAUUAAUCAUUUGGGAUGAUCUUGUUGGGAAAGAGAGCAUUAAACUGAAUUUUAUGUCUGCAGUAAGACAAGUAUACAUAUCUAGAUGUUUUAUUGUGGUUAUCCUAGACUCUAAGAUAAGUUUAUAUUCCUUUGGGAAGACUCCAAAGAGAUUAAUGGAUGAUAUUGAUAUUCCUAGUGGAUCCUUUGUUGAUUAUAAGAGUACUAAUUCACAUGACGAUAAUUCAAGUAAUGGUAUCCUUUGUUAUGAAAGUAAUAAGUAUCGGGGUCAGAUCCAUGUGAUGAAUUUAGAUAAGAUACGGAAGAAUGAUAAGCAGGAUCGUAUUUUACCUACAAUGAUUAUUAAAGCACAUAAGAGCGAUAUUCAAAUGAUUAAGCUAAAUCACCAGGGGACCAUGCUGGCUACAUGUUCAAAGAAAGGAACAUUGAUAAGAGUAAUGAAUGUUCAAAAUGGAACUUUAAUUAAUGAAUUUAGAAGAGGUAUAGAGAAUGCAGAGAUCUACGAUAUGGAGUUUAGUCCUAGAGGUAGUAAACUUGCCGUGAUUUCAAAUAAACAAACAUUGCAUGUCUUUGAACUCUUUAAUGAAAAAAUAUUUUCUAAUAAACGUCGAAAUAGUAAUGGUAAAUCCAAUGUAUCAAUUGAAAGUGAGAAUGUUUAUAAUAAGAGAUUACAAAAUUUGAAUAGUAUGAUCCCAAAGAAAUGGAGCAUUCAAUAUCUAGAUUCUGUAUGGUCGAUGUGUAGUAUCCACUUAAAGAACCCUCUUCUCAACAAUUCUCAAACUUCAUCAGUAAAUCAUAAUGGAUAUGAUAGACAAUUUGAACAAGAUAGAUGUAAGAUUGGUUGGUGUCAUGCAACUGAUGCAAAUGAUGAUAAUAGAGGAAGUGAUAGAGAUAAUAAUGAAGUUGAUAACAGUGAAGAUAGUUUAGUAUUGAUUUGGAAGAAUAGUGGUAUAUGGGAAAAAUAUGUUAUUUUAGAGAAGGCUGUAUCUAUUGGUAGAUCUGGUAAUGAAAGAAAUCCAGAUGGAGAUGUAAAAUAUUUCUCUGUUGGCGAGAGUUUAGGACAACAUGGAACAAACAGAGACAAUACAAAGACACACAAGAGAAGAUGGGAGAUAGUUAGGGAGUCUUGGAGAGAGUUGUAA